AUGCUCGUUUCUAGAACUUUUAAAAUACAAAAAGCAACUCUUUCUUAUGGCUUCGCGCUGGCUAUACAUGUCCAUGGGUCGAUAUAUCUCUCGGCUCAUGUCAACGUACGUCCAGAAACUUCCGCAAAUCAUAGAUGUCCGUCACCUCCACAGCUUCAGCCAACCAUGUGCAUCCGACACAUCCAAUUCUUCGAAUGCCCCUCGAGGGAAGGCCCCUCCAAGCGCCAUCGCAUAAAGAGCAACAUCCUCUGCUCCAAUCACCACCCCUGCUGCGAAUCACAUUGGGAACGUCGCAGCAGCCACUACCGCUACAUGUGCCCCGGCUGCUCGGGAGAGCCCCCAGAGGUUCCGCGCGAGAAACCCUGCAAUGAGCAUUGGGAAAGAGACGUUUCCGAGGACGAGGCCUGGGUCCAGAACCACCUUGACAGCCUCUGCAACGCCGUGACCCUCUGGGCCUGGGGUGAGUUCGCCGCCCCUACCCAACGCGUUUCCAUCAGGGAGAUGGCGCGCCUGUACCCGGCCUUCUAUCUCGAGCGGCGCUGCAAGGAGCACGACCAUCGGCCCUCCCGUUGCCAGUGCGAGGCCAACGGGCCGCUUUCAUACCUGUACAACCCCGCCACGGCGCUUCGACGGCGCUUCACUGACGAGACCGCCUCGGCCUUUGCCCGGGAUCCUCACCUCCAGAGCGAACACGCACGACAAGUCUUUGCUGACGUGCACCGGAACCUGACGGCCAUGUGCGGGGAUAAGAACCUCUAUUUCAAGGACGGCAUCGCGCGGCAGCCCUUUUUCUCGCUAGAAGCCAUCGAAAAGAGGCGACAUACGAUGAACCGUGUCGUUCGGAACGCGUGGCGAGCCGUGGAAGAUGAUUUAAGGGAUACCGCCAAGGCAAACGAGGCCGGUUGGACUGAAGCGCACACGCUCAUGGAAGUCCAGGCCCUCCGCCGUAGAAACCUCGUCAGGUUCAUGGGCGAGAUCCUGUUGUACGACAACGGCAUCUCAACGGCCAAGUUCUGCCUCGCUAUCGAGCGACUCGCUCACAUCAUCCAAAUGCCCCAGAAGCGGGAGUCAUCGGGUAUCAUCGCCUUGGAGAAUCUCGCCCUCGUAACAUCCUCACACGACAGGGAACCGCGGGCAGACGAGCCCUACGACGAGCUGAUGAAGCGGGCUGUUUCGUAUUUUGCUGGCAAGCGUAAGACGUGGGCCAAAGAGAUACGGAACUAUGCGGCAAAGCGGAUGCUCUUCGAGGAAUCCACCACUCUUAUAAACGGUCUCGAGCUCCGGGCACUAUCUGGAGAUGACGAAGGUCACGACAACUGCAGCAUCUGCUACGUGGACUACUGGGAAGCCCCCUUAAAACCUUCGUCGAUAGCCAGUCCCACGGCGGAACAGAGGACGUGGCCGGGGAGACUGGUCUCGCAGUCCAGCAACGCCGAGUCCAAUAUUUCGAACCAGAUCCGGCGGCUGAGGUGGGACGACGAUCCCGACGUCCAACGGCGUAUCUUUGGCGCCAACCUGUCAGGGGUUAGCAUGGCUGAUCAUGGGGAGCCGGCAGUGCGUAUUAAGCAUUGCGGCCACAUCUUUGGAAGGAGCUGCUUGUUCCGCGCGUGGGUGACGGAGGCCAACGAAGCGGGCCGGAGACCGGCGUGCCCCUACUGUCGGGCAGAGCCCCCCCAACGUGUAUACCAAAUAAUCGAAUCGUUUGUUGGGGCACGGCUCACGAUAGACCCGGGCUGGCACUUGCCCACGUUUCUCUUGUCCCUUAUCGAUUAG